AGUAUCCUCAUUUUAAACAGUGUUGCACGUUAAAAUAUAUAAUGAAUAGUUUAGAUCACAUUUGCAGAUGUCCAGUUUGUUUGGAGACCUUUGGAGGAAAAAUAUUCGUCUGCCUUCAAGGUCAUAGUUUUUGUGAAUCAUGUUCAACACAUAUUUCGGUAUGUCCUAUUUGCCGGCUACCCACUACAAUGUGCAGAAACUUGCAAAUGGAAAAAGCAAUGGGACAGCUUCAAGAAAUAAAGCAACUCGUCAAAAAAAGGCAAUCAGCCCACGUUAAAGCUUUCAACUGCAAAAAAUGUAAAGAUCAUCUAAAUGGACCAAUAUAUCUGUCUCACGACGGUUAUAAUUAUUGUGAAAAAUGUUUUUCACCCGUGAUAAUUAGAAACUAUUUAGCUGAAGCUCUUUUGGAAAAAAUACAACAUAAAACACCUGGAGAAAACUUGAAUAAAGUCCAAAAAUCACAAGUUAAUGAAGAGAGUACUUGUCCAAUUAAAAAUUGUGACUAUGCAGGAUCACAGGAGUGUGUACAAUCUCACGUGCUAAAUGAACAUCCAAAGUUAGUAACAAAAAUUUCAAAAAGAAGCUUCUAUACACUUAAAUUAAAGGAUAAAGAUCAAAGUGGAGUAAAAUUGGUUUAUUAUAAUUCAAUAGUAUUCAAAAUUCUUUAUAAAAUAGACAUUAAAAGCAAAAGAUUAUUUCUAAAUGCCGUUCCAUUAGUGGAAGAUGGGAUGAAAUAUAAAAUGGAUGUUACAUUCGGUCAUGUUUUGUGUAACAAAAAGACAAAACCUGAAUGUGGAUUAAUUGUGAAACGGGAACAGUCAUAUGAUAGACUAGAUAGAAUACACAAGAUUAACAUAUCACUAUUUUUUUAGAAUUAAUAUUAGUUUUAAUAAAUUUUGGUACUAUAUAA